AUGUCGUCGGCGGUGACGCACAUCUACCUGCACGUCAUCCAGGACGUCAUUAAGAACGUUCGACCCGACUUCCAGAGCGACGGCGUCGACGAGAGCGUCCUCCAAGAGCUGCAGCAGGUGCGUCCGUCUCCCCUGCGGCAGGUCCGUCUCUCGCAGCAGGUCCAUCCGUCUCCCCCGCUCGCAGCAGGUCCGUCCGUCUCCCCCGCUCGCAGCAGGUCCGUCCGUCUCCCCCGCUCGCAGCAGGCCCGUCCGUCUCCCCCGCUCGCAGCAGGUCCGUCGCUCGAAGCAGGGCCGUCGCUCGAAGCAGGUCCAUCGCUGCUGUUCCCGUCGCUCACUGCGCGCCCCUUCAGUGCGCUAUGGGAGGCGAAGGUGAUGCAGUCGGGUGCGGUCAUCCCUGUUGGCGGGUAUGUGCUUCCGCCGCCUGCGCCGCCGGCCGCUGAGGUGGAUGUAGGCGCGGGGGAGGCGGAGGAGGGGCCGCUAGGGGGGGCGGAGGCGGAAGCAGCGGCGGAGGAGGCCGGAGGGGAGGAGGGUGGCGAGGGCGCGGGACACGGAGGGGGAUUCGCGGGACAUGAUUUGAACAUGCCUUAUAGCGGGGAUGGUGGAGAGGCGGAGGACGAGCAGGCCCUGUCGCUGGGAGCAUCCCACGCAUCGUAUUCAAGCGGGCAUGUCACAUCCAGUCUAGAUGGCCGCCCACUGCCCUUCAUGCCGCGCCAGGAGGCGUGGGAGCAGAAGCCCUUCAUGGUCGACAUGAACGCCGUGCCAGAGGAGGACACGUACGCUGAUGCUGCUGCCUCGGACGAGGCCACUCUGGGUCUGCUGCCGGCAGAGCUGAAGCGCAAGCGAGCAGAGGAGGGGCCGGGCGGGUACGGGGAGGACGCGGGGAUGGAUGCAGCCGAGGGUGACACGAGCAGACCCCGCCUCACCCCCGAGUACGCCUUCCCUCAGGCUGACGGAGCCAGUGACAGCAUGCCACGUGGUGCCUCACGAUGGGCCCACGACAUGCUGAGUCAGCUAGAGCACAAGCAUGGGGGGGGUGGAGGAGGAAGACAGGGAGAGGAGGCGAGUGGGGAGAGGAGCAGAUUGGAUGGGGAAGUGGAGGGAGGGUCGGGUGGUGCAGGCGCAGCAGAAGGGCGGGAUGGGUCGGGAAGGCGGGUGCAACAAGCGGCAGGGGGAGCCGAGGGGCGGGAAGCACGUGGUAGACGGGGGGUUGGCAGGAGCGGCAGGGGCGGCAGGGGGGGGAGGCAGUGGGUGGUGGAGAGGCGGUGCAUGCGGCAGGUGGAUGGGCAUGGCGACGAGGAGGAUGGUGAUGAAGCCGACGAGGUGAGUGAGAGCCUCUCUCUCUCCCUUUCCUGCCAUGACAGUCGGACUGCUAGCAGUGAGGUGCUGCAUUUCUGCGUUUUUUCAGCCAUGCCCCAACUCUCCUCGCCCCCAUGUUCCGCCAUGUGGUUGCUGUUGCAGGGAGAGGAGGAGGAAGAGGAGGAGGGGGGGGCGGCAGGGGAGGCAGAGGAGGAGGAAGAAGAGGAGGACUACAACGACCCGGCAGCCCGCACUGACACCGGUUCGGCAGCCAAGGAGGAGGAAGAGGAGGAGGAGCUGGGGCCAGCAGACGAUGACGAGUCGCUGGGGGCGGAGGAUGAUGAUGAUGAUGACGACGAUGGGCGGGGGGUCAUAGGGGCGGAUGAGGAGGGGCAGGAUGGCAACAUCGUGCUUGCCACCUAUGAGAAGGUGACGCGCCAGAAGAAUCGAUGGAAGUGUCUGUUGCGGCAUGGAGUCACGAGCCUAAAUGGUCGUGACAUACUUUUCUUCAAAGCCAACGGCGAAUUCGAGUUUUAA